CUUCUGGGAAAUGCGCGAGCGUUGUUCCUCGUCACAAAAUAACUCGCCAUUUUUUUCCCCGGCAUGUUUUGUUUAUCCGCGCGCGCAUUGGAAUUAGCCACUCUUUUGAUACAGGUUUGUCGUGUUUCCUGUCGGAGAUUAAGUUUUGUCACAACACAAAACAUGCCCGCUAACAUGCGAAAUAAUUGCACAUUUCCUGCGUGUGGUUAUUUAACACAGGACUAGUCUCGGUGGCUGAAUUUGCAAACAAAUAGUGGCUUGAACAAGCACCGCCACCCCCGCCUCCCCGAUCAAUACAAGUUGAUAUUUAACUGUUUGCUGAGCAACUGCCAAUCUUUUACUCUCAGGGAAUUCAGCCAUUCACCGUACAGUAGGUUCUCCUUUUUUUAAGACAAGCCAGGAGGGUUUCUUUGUCAUUAAAAAAAAAAAAAGUUUCUUUUCUUGGAUAUGGACCUCUGCCUGACACUCCUGUUAAUUUGUCUCUGCAGUCUAGGAACUACUAAUGCUGAAGUGGCAGAAGAUCAGUCAAUCCCUCUAAUUCCUCUAAUCCCCAGUCAACCCAUAGAAGAAGGUGAAAGCCAGGGGACGCCGGAGACAACAACUCUAAACGAUACAACUGUUACUGCGACGUCCGACCUGCCGACGGCAAGCAAGACGUCGCCAGACGAAGAAAAGGGAGACGGUUGUCAGGCUAUUAGCCGAAGACCUGACACCAAACAAACUAUCACUGCUGCAAUUCAGAGGCUGGGGGUGCAGCUCUUACAAAACCUGGAUACGACACCAGAGCAGCCAAAUGUCAUCAUUUCUCCUCUAAGCAUAUCUCUGGCCCUCUCGCAGCUGGCUUUAGGUGCGAAAAACGAGACGGAAGAGCUGCUGAUGUAUCACCUGCACGAAAACACCGUGCCGUGUUACCACGAGUCUCUACGACACGUCUUAACGCAGCUGAGAAACAGCGACGUGCAAAUUGCCACGCGCAUGUUUCUGCGUCAAGGGUUUAAGGGAAAGCAAGAGUUUGUGAGCGAGUCGCAGCGGUUUUACGACUCAGAACCAGCAAUAGUGGAAAGCCUUCAGCAGAUAAAUGAGUGGGUAGAGAACGCAACAGAGGGGAAAAUGAUGGACUUCCUGUCUUCUUUGCCACCCAAUCUGCUUCUCAUGCUCAUCAAUGCCGUUUACUUCAAAGGAGAAUGGAAAGCUCGAUUUGACCCGAGCUUCACCUCCAAAGGAGUCUUUUACCUUGAUGAUUUACACCUGGUGGAUGUUGAUAUGAUGGACGAUGCCAAACAUCAGCUGAGUUUUUUAACGGACAGUGAGCUGGAGGCUCAGGUGGCAAGGUUCCCAUUCACAAAGAACAUGAGUUUGGUGGUUAUCAUGCCUGAGUCGGGGAAAGUGAACGUGUCUUUACUUUCCUUGAACCUAAAUAUCUCCAACUUGUAUGAACGUCUACCCAAGGAGAGGGCUGCCCAAGUUAAAGUGCCCAAAUUCAAGCUGGAAUAUUCUCAGGAGUUGCAGGAAGUUCUUACCAAACUAGGUCUUGGGGAGAUGUUCCUGAAUCCCAAUUUGGCUGGGAUCGCAGACGGCCCCUUGCUGGUGUCCAGUGUAAUGCACAAGUCCGGCAUGGAGAUAAACGAGGACGGCGCGAGGGCUGCUGCAGCCACAGCGACCAUCAUCUCGAGGGCAUCCAAUCCUAUUUUUCACCUCAGUCAGCCCUUCUUCUUUGUGCUAAUGGAUGAUGUAACUCACAUACCAAUCUUCAUGGGUGUCAUCAAUAACCCCAAUCCCGGAGCCCCUGUCCUGCAGAGGGGGGAUGUUGGAAGUAAAGAUAAAGUAGGAUUCCCAACUGACAAGAAUCACAAGGGCUCAUUUGAAUUUAAUCCUAAAUAGAGACUAAAAUAAUUUGCUCCCCCCCCACACCCUCAGAAAACUCAAACCAGAUAGAUAAUUACACAGCCUCAGUCUGCAGUAUAACUUUUCUGAAACAAAGUAUCUUACCCAAACUCAUGCACCCUCACAUGCAGGUCAACUGCUACCCUGGUGUGCAAAUCAAACACGUCAGUCACAUCCUGAAAAAAGCUAGAACCUCCAAGGAUGCCAAAAAAGUCCAGCUUUCUUUCGGCAUCAACAACAAGGAUUACAGGGACCAAAAUUCAAUUCAAAAACUCCUGAACACAGCCCAGGACACCUUCCCUUACGCAGACAUUUACGUGUCGCUCCUAAACUUUUCAGACCGUCUAAACUUUGCGCAGAAACAAAACCCUAACAUGGUUAACCAAACCAUCGAUUCUGUCUGCCAAAAACUUAACCACCACCUCAUCCCUAAAAUCCAGGACUUUUGUUUCCACACGAUGGAGGAUAGGAUAACCAUAACCCUAGGGCCAAUUCUAAGGAAUUUGAAAAAUGUAAGUAAAUACAUGAUGGAGUGUCAUAUUAGGUGAUUCUGAGGUUUUCCUUUUAUACCAAUUGGACUCUUUAUCAUGUCAACAUGUCUGCUCUUCAACAACACUAAAUCCUACCAAUAUCUUACUAAUCUUACCAAUAUUUUUAGUCGAAACAUUUCAGUACAGUUGAAAUAAGAUCAAAACAAACUUACAAGCAACUUUUCAUCAAGACAUUGGAGUUUGUAUUGAGCCAGUAAUUCCUAAAUAUUGAUAAAAAACUACUUGCUCCAGUGGCAGAUUAUUUCAGUUUUACCCAGACAGUUUCCCUUUUUAUAAGUGAAAAAAUCUGCUGGUGGAACUCACACCUUUUCAUCAAUAUUAAGGAAUUUUUGAGUCAAAACAAACUCCUGGAUCUUGCUGAGAUGUUACUUUUUAGUCUUAUUUCAUGUGUACUAAGAUAGUUGCACUAGAAACUAGAAAAAAAAAACAACUUUGUAAGAUUUGUGUUUUUGCGGUGUAGCACAAUUUCAACGUUACAGCUUGAUUCUGUAUGUUCCUGGAUUUUUAAAAAGAAUUAUAUUGCAGGUAAAUAAAUAUAUCAAUCUGAA